AUGCGCGUGGCGGCCCGCGCGCGCCUUUUAAGUUACCGAUCCGCGGCGGAUCCGAACAGGCUUUACGGGCGAGCAAGGGCACGCUCGGUGGGCGGCCCUCUUCCCACGUGCUCGCACGGCACGGCCCAUUUACCAACAAGAGACCUCAAGGUAAUUGGUGAACCAGCAAGCAUACAGCGACAGAAACCUGAAACAAGUUUUCAAAGUGCAAUGAAGGUGCCGAUCAUGAUUGCCCAAUGUUUUGGUUUGUUUCCUGUUAUUGGAAUCAGUGGGAACGAUGCUUCAAAAUUAAGUCGGCCGCCCUCCUUCUGUGAAGCAGUGAUGCUCCAGAAGGAAGCCACCGACCGUGAUCGGGAGAGGGCCGAUCCCGCUCAGUGGCGGCGUACCUUCGAGGUUGCGGAUGAUUGGACCGGUGGCUCCAUUCGCCAUUUUAAAAGAAACUUUGAUAUAUUAUUGCACAAAGAUUUAUCGAGAAGACACCACAAGGAAAUUGUUGAACCCGGAAACGAACAGCUGCAGAAAGUUGAAUCAAGUUUUCAAAGUGCGAUGAAACUACCAAUCAUAAUUGCACAAUGUUUUGGUUUGUUUCCUGUUAUUGGAUUCAGUGGGACUGAUGCUUCGAAAUUGAGUACACCCACACAUGCGAAAGCUGCUUGCACUCUAUCACGUUUAAGUAACGAGUAUUAUUAUGUUUCAGCCGUAACAGUAUUUUACUUCAUGACGACUGUAAUAGGACUGUUGUUUUUACGAAUGGCAACAAAAUGGCUAAAACUUUGCAAGCAUAUAGCUAAGACGGAAGCCGCGGAUCCUCUUAGAGACAAAAAUCUGCCAAGAAAGUGUCAAAUAGCUUGUAUUCUUGUUCUUAGUUUGGCAGCUGUUGAACAUAUCCUAUCAGAUGUUUCGGGAGUAGCUUUUGCAAUGGACUAUCAGCCAAAUUCACCUAUUUAUGAAGUUUACAUGAGGCAGUGUUACUCCUUUGUCUGGACAUACAUUCCUUAUAACCCUAUAAUUGGGUUUCUGUUAAAGAUUAUAAGCAUUCAAUGCACCUUCAACUGGAAUUUUGCUGAUGCUUUUGUAAUGUGCAUCAGUUUUUACUUGACAGCCAGGCUCCAACAAAUUAAUGACAGAAUCAUUGCUGUGCAAGGAAAGUACGCACCUUCAUCGUUUUAUCGAACUGUGCGUGAGGAUUACAGUAGGAUCAUUUGUCUAAUACGGAAGAUUGACGAAGACGUCAACGGUGUCAUUUUCGUAUCUUACGCUGUGAACCUCUUCAUUAUCUGUAUGCAACUUUUGCACACUCUUGAGUAA